AUGUAUUCAGUCCUUCCAGCUGGGAAUGAUUCAAAAACUUCUGAAACAGAUAUUGAUUUCGAAAAAAAGUUAAAGGAAGAAGAAUCUAGAAAAUCUCAAGGUGUGAAAGACUGGCAGAAAAAGCAUGGAAUGCAAAAGGCUAAAGGCAUUAAGAAAUAUUAUGUUAAAGUUGGAGAAAAUCUUAGUAAUGACCCAUUGCAAAUUCUUAACGAUCCAGAAACAAGAAUUGUUGAUGUGCAUUAUACUACCGAUGAAUCCCACACUUCUAUCGUAAAUGGGAUAUUAAUUGAUUAUCAAGUAGGCACUAUAGGUGUGGAAGUCGGAACAGGAAAACUUGAUGCUAAAGUUAGUAGUUCAUGGACUAAUAGAGAUUUUAAGUACUCAGAUGAUAUGGAUCCAGAUAAUGCACCAAAAUUUGUUGCUGAAAGAAUAGUAUUGACCGAUCCGAAUAGCAAUACAUCUCAAAAGGCCAAAGAAUUAAAACAAGUCUUAAAAGAUUCUUAA